ACUUUACUGAUACUGUAUUUUCUUCUGAGUUAUAACGGAGUUCAAGGAAAAAUAAAGUUAUCUAAACUGAAAGAUUUAGAGUUGGAGGAGCAGCUUAAACUACUCAACAAGCCAUCGGUCAAAAUUAUUAAGAGUCAACAUGGAGACACAUAUAAUUGCGUGAAUUUCUACAAACAACCAGCAUUUAAUCAUCCACUAUUAAAGAAUCACAAUUUUCAUCCGGAGGCAUGUAAUUCAAGUACUUUUGCAACUGAUUGGUCAUCGAGGAUAUGGUCAAAAGAUGGUGGUUGUCCUUUUGGAACAGUUCCUAUUAGAAGAUUGACUAAAGAAGAUCUUAUUAGACAACGAAACAUGCCACCACCAGAAGAUGUAACAUAUGUCACUAAUUUGACUACCCUUGCUAUAGUUCGAAUUCAAGAAAAUCAAUACUACAGGUUUACAAGAGCUGGAAUGUCAACUAAUAUAUAUAAUCCUCAUGUUGAAGGUAAACAGCACAGUGCAAGUCGAUUGAAAAUUCAAAAUGGACCAGACAUUUUACAAGUUGGUUGGAGAGUGGAUCUGACUCUUUAUGGAGAUACUAAAACUAGGCUUUUUGCUCAUUUUCAAGCUGGCAAUACACAUUGUUUCAAUACACUAUGCCCGCGAUUUGUACUAGUAAACCGUGGGCUUAAUACCUAGAUGGACCCUUAAACUUGACAUGUUUUGUAAGAUAGGCAUAUAAACUUAUAAGGUGACCAGAUAAACACUUAAACUUACUCAAAGUGCAUUUUUCAAGUUUUUCAGUUGUUUUGAAAACAAAAACUAUAUUUUUCAAACACUCACAAUUUUCAUGGCCAAACAAGCCCUAAAUAUAUCACAAAAUAUUUUUUUAAAAUGCAAAAAUAAGGCAAAUGCAUAUACAUGAGACUAUAA